AUGAAACUUGAAGUUUUCUCCGCGCACCACUUCGCGCAGAAGCCGCUGGAGUUGUGCAUGGACGCAGAAGGGGGAGUCCCGUCUCCUCUCUCCGGGGAUGAGCUGGGUUCGGACGGGGAUUGCGUGGCUAACAGCCCGGCACCUGUCAUCCAGAGCGGCGACGGCAGUAAGGGGAAGCCCUACACCCGCAGACCCAAACCCCCGUACUCCUACAUCGCGCUCAUCGCCAUGGCCAUCCGGGAGUCCAGCAGCGGCCGCCUGACUCUGGCGGAGAUCAACGACUAUCUGAUGAAGAAGUUCCCGUUUUUCCGCGGCAGCUACACCGGCUGGAGGAACUCCGUGCGCCACAACCUGUCACUCAACGACUGCUUCCUCAAAGUGCUGCGUGACCCCUCCAGGCCCUGGGGCAAGGACAACUACUGGAUGCUCAACCCGCACAGCGAGUACACCUUUGCUGACGGGGUGUUCCGCCGCAGGAGGAAGCGCAUCUCCAAAAGGUCCGCCAAGGAGCAGGAGAGCCCGGACAUCCUGAGCGAGGACACUCGCCUACCCGCCCCGGAGGAGAGGGUGGGGGUCAAGUUCUCCAGCUCCUUUGCCAUCGACAGCAUCCUCAGCACGCCCUUCAAACGGAGGGAGGAGAGCUACGUGGAUGCAGACACCACCCACGCCCCCCGGCUCUACUGGUCCCCAGGAGCCCACAUACUGCCGUACGCACUGAGCUACCCGGCGCAGCACACGUACCUGUCAGAGGGGGCAGAGCCCAGCAGGGAUGGACUCACAUACCUCCAGCACACCGCACCUGAGGCCGGGCUGCACGCGCUCCACAUGCCCAGCAAAGCGCGAGGUUUCCAUAUAGACUCCCUGCUGUCGUAAAGCACCAGGACUGCUGUCUCACCUGUAUGUUUCCACCCAUGAUGUGCACUUCUAUGGCCGCUCUUAAAGCUCCCAGUGCUUCAGCUUUUUAAUUGUGUGGGACUCUGUCACAUGAUGAUGCUGUCAGUCAUCCUGCAGAGAAAAAAGCAAACAAGACGUGUUGUCAAUAUACAUCUAACUGUGUGGUGUCUGAGCAGAGAGCUGCUGUCACAGCAGGACAUUCCAGUGUG